AUGGAUAUUGAUAUUACUGAAGCUAAUAUUAAUAGUAAGAAUGAUGAGAUAAAUGUUCAUUUAGAUGGGAUAAAUAUACCCAAAGUGAAGUUGGAUAAUCCUAUAGAUAUUGAAUAUAAAAGUGAGGAUUUGAAUAAGGAAUAUUGGUUUUAUACUGAUAAUAAUACUUUUACUUUGAUUGUAGAUGAGAGUAUUGCUAGAAAUAAGAUGGAUCUUCAAAAGUGUCAUAUUUUUUGUAUUCCAAGUGCACCUGAAUUUUGCAUCUAUUAUAGGGUAAAUAAUAAAUUACCGAAUAUGGAAGAUGGGAAUCAUCUUAUUGUAGGAAUAUCAUUAAAAACUGGGAGAUAUACUAGUGAACUAUGUUAUAAGGAUAUAAAGGAUAUUCUACUAAAGAAAUUGGAAUAUUGGGAGAGUAAAUUUAAAACUAGAAUGAUUGAUUAUAAUAAAUAUGAAGAAAAAAAUGUGGAGAGAGAUAAUCCUAGAAAUCAAGGUAAAUUGACAUUAUUAAGAUUACUAGAAUCAUUAAGCUCUGAUCAAUUAACAACUGCAAACCAACGCAAAGAGAUAAGAGAAGCUGUAAAUUCCUAUUUAUUUGGCGAAAUUAGCUAUAAUGAUUUUUUUAGUUUAAUAGCUGAUAUAAUAGGAGAGAAGAUUUUAUAUUCAAUUAUUUUAUAUAUGAAUUCGACAAUUUCUAAUACUCCUAAUCCAAACUAUUCUGCUAUACUGGAUUCUUAUGGUUUACAAACUAAAUUAAAUAUAUACAAUAAUAUAGAUCCUAAUCAUUUUGAUAUAUUUAUAGAAGAUAAUGCUCGAUUAUAUCCUGUUUUUUUACAUCCAAAUAAUUUUACCUGUUUAGGACAUUCUAAAGUUCAUUGUGGUGAUUACUUAUUAAUAUUUGGUGGCAUAACUUCAAAAUUUUGCUUAGGAGAUUCAUAUCCAAAAUUAUCUGAAUUUAAUGAAAUAAUAACUUUAAAUUUGGCUAAAAAUAAGUUUACUAAAAUAACAACAAAUGGUUUAAUUCCAAAAUGUAGGAUGUAUCACUCUAGUAACCUAAUAUAUACUCUUAAAGGUCCUAUGGUACUUGUAUAUGGUGGUUUACACUAUAAAGAAGAUAGUAAUUGGGAAUUUUUAGAUGAUAUUGAGUGUCUUGAUAUUGAAUCAAAAUCUUGGAUUUAUUUAGGAGAUAUUAAAAAUAAUAGUGUAGGAAAACGAAUUUUACAUACAGGUUUAGUUUAUCCUGCAUUUUCAGAUAUACCUCAAAAUAAAAGUGUAUAUUCAAAAUUUUUAGUAAUUUUUGGAGGUCUUACGAAGGAUCAAGAUAGUCAAAAUAUCAAUCCUAGAAAUGAUUUAUGGUGUUAUUCUAUUGAAAAUAAAUCCUGGCAUAGUAUAACGGUUAUAAGUGCUCCAAAUAAGAUAAAUAUUGAAAUUCCAAGUCCUCGAUUUGGUCAUAGUUGUGCUUGGGUAGAUGAUAAUACUUUUUAUAUAUAUGGAGGUGAAGGUAAAGAUAAAGAUACUUGUAGUACAAAAGAUGAUGUUGGAAUUAUAUUUAAUGAUAUUUGGUCAUUUACAUUCGUAUCUAGUAUUGAUGAUAUUGAUAAUUGCAAUAUAAAAGGAUACUGGGAAUUGAUUAAAAGUGAGAAUAAUAGUAAUCAAGUAAAUUCAUCACUCCACACAUCUAUUAUGCUAGGCAUCUAUUCAAACAACCCUAGUUAUGAAACAUCAAAUUUAAUUGGAACUUUAGAUUCAGAAAAUUUAGAGAAUUAUCGUGAGAAAAUUUUAAUUUCAUUUGGAGGGAUUAGUAAGCCGUUGAUUUCAAAAUAUCCUUUAAAUUUGAAUUUUCCAAAUAAAAGACUUAUUACUUGUUAUAAUGAAUUAUUUGAGGAAGAUUCAAAAAAUUCAUAUGUAGGUUUAAAUUUUAAAAUAUUCUUUUUAAAUUCAAAUAAAUGGUUAUUUACUAAUUUUACAAUAAAUUCUCCAUCACCAUCAGUUUCUGACAUUAUUAAUAGUGAUAAUAAUAAUAUUGAUUAUUUAAUAAAAGUUCCAAAAAUUUCAAAUCAUAUUUCUGGAAUUUGCUGUUUUUUUAAUUAUCCUUCUUUAAAUAGAAAUAUUUCAAUACCUUGUAUUUUAUAUCAUGGUGGAUCCUUUAUAAAAUCAAAUCAACUUCAGGGUCAAUCUUUUAUUUUAUCUCUAUUUGGUUAUGAACCAUUUGGUUUAAAAAAUAAUGAAGAAUCUAAUAUAAAUAUUAAUGAUUUUAUUGAGAAAGAUAAUAAUGAACAAAUUUUAAAUUCAAACAAAAUGUUGAAAAAAUAUCUGAGACCUAAUAUUAGAAAUACAAUAAAUAUUCAGACUUCUUUUUUAUCAUCAUUAUCAUCCUAUCAAAGUUGGAUAUUUGGAGCUAUAGCCCAUUUAUUUGAUAACUCAUUAUCUACUUUUGUAAAAAGUAAUAAGAUAGAACUAGCCUUUUAUACAUUUAAUUCAGAUAAUAAUCUAACUAAAUACCCUAUUUCUAUUUUAAGUGCCCAAAAUUCAAUAGAAGGAAUUAUUCAAAUAUUAAAAAAUAAGGAUAAUAUGAAAUUUAUAUUAUCUGUAACUGAUAAUGGAGUAGGUUUGAACUAUUCUACAAUGAUAAAACUUUUCCAAUUUGGAACAAGUCAUAAUAUCUCAUCUCUUGAUUUUACAAAUUCAAAUAUGAUUGACCACUUAUCUCCAAGAUGUGAUCAAUCUAAUCAAAUUAACAAUAAUUCUAAAUAUGGUACUGGUUUUAAAAUGGCACUUUCUAGAUUGGCACCGACUUGUUUAAUUAUUACACGUACAAAAAAUCUCUUGGGAGUUGGUUUAUACUCUAAAAGUCUUUUUGAAUUAAAUGAAAAUUCAAUACCUUAUAUACCAGUAUGUUUUUGGAAUUCUCAGACAUAUGAACCUUUUAUACCCAAAAAUUCUACAUUAACAGAGCACCAAGAUAAUCAAAAUAUGAUUCUCAAGUUUUCACCCUUUAAUCAACCUGCCAAUAUUGUUGAACAAUUUAAUGUCUUAGCCGGUACUGGUACGAGAUUUCUAUUUGUAGAUUUAAACAUACUUAAUCAGUACCCAAAUUUUGAAUUAAUUAGGCCUUUUUCAUAUAUUAAUAGGGAAUUAAAUAAUCAAUUUUCUCAAGAAAGCAAUUUAGAUAUAGAUAAUUCUCUUGAAGAUCAAUUAAAUCCUUUAUUCCCAUUAUGGAAUGAUGAUAAGGAUUCUAUAGAUUUUAAUUUAUAUACUUAUUUAUAUUGGCUUAACCUAAAUUGUACGCAGAGUAUAUAUUGUCAGGGUAAAUUACUCGUACCAAGUAUUCAAUAUGGCCAAACUAUGUUUAAUGGAAUAUAUGAUUUCCUUAAGAAACACUUAUUUUUGUGUGUAGAAAUAUCUUCAAUACUUGUACCAGAAAAAUUAAAUGAUGGUGCCUUUGCUCUAAUUGGUAAAUUAUGUAAUAAUAAUAAUAAUAAUAAUGAUGUAGGAAUAAAAGAAGCUGGAGUUCUGUUAUAUUAUAAAGGUCGAUUAAUUAGACGUUUAGAAGGACACUUUCCCUGUAUACAUUAUAUUAACCAAGAAAGCGCACAACAAAAUUCACAUAAAAAAGUAACUAACUUGUCGCUUGUAACAGCACUAAUUAAUGUACCAGAAUGGCUUAUACCAUCUGCAAAUAAACAGGAAUUUGUCCAUGAAGGAUCAGCUUUAUUUAAAAUUUUUCAAACAAGUACUUUUGAAUUAGUGGAGGAAUAUUUACAGCACUGUGAACAACCUAAUAAACUGCACUCAUGGAGUUUAGAAAGGAAUAGAGUUUCACAUGAUAACCCAAUUAAAAUAUCUAAGGCAUCUCAUUAA